UACAUAGCUCUCGUGAGCGCGAAACCAGUAUUCAUCUCAAUGGUAUUACAAUUUGGGAACGAAUGACCUUUAUCUGCCCAUGCGCAAAUCCUAAUUACGAUCUCGCUUAUUGCGGGUGUUUAUAACGUGUUGGAAAAAGCAUAGGUGCUAUUAAAGUCUGAUACGUUGUUCUUUGUUCAUGCAAUCUUUCAUCCAUUUCUCUAUUUAUAUAUUUCUCUAUUUAUAUAUUUCUCUAGAUUAUGAUCCUCUCAGACAGUCUCUCGUUAACAAACGUAUCAGCUCAAAGGGUACCGACGGUAAAUUAUGUUACGGUCCCCAAAGUUAGACAUCCCCCCAUGAAGCAAAAGGAGUGGCGCACUCUACGACCACCUCAACCAACACCAAACCAAGUCCACGCCCAAGCAGUUAUAAACAACGAGAACAUGACUAGCGGGCAUUACUCUCGGUUCUUCAUUCAAGAUCCAAAACCGGUUUACUCAAUCGGAGACCGGAUCGUUGUUUUGAUCGAGACCCGGACGGAUCUCAACGGGCCUAAAACCACGGGUGGCGAUUCCAUCCGUGCUAAGAUGUUCAGCUUGGGGGAGAGAGCGGGGCAGAGUACGGACGGUGAGGUGAAGGAUAUGGGGAAUGGUUGGUACGAGGCUUGGUUCACUGUUCGCUGGCCCGGAGUAACUACAAUCGAAGUGGUGUUGGUUCUAACAGGGGAAGCUUUAGCGGUUCUCCGGGAGAUAGUCGCCAAUCCGGCCAAGAUGGUUUAUAUCGGGCGUUUUGUAAACGGGGAUAACGCUGCCACAACUAAGUGCAACAUUUUCCCACCACAAUAUGGACCACUGUGUAACAUGUCUCACCCUGACGGUAGAAUGCCUUGGUAUUGCCAAGCACCCAGCACACCAGGGCUAUCAUGCGGGGACUGGAGGUGGUCUCAGAGCGAUGAGCCAUCUACAUCUCAACUUCUUGCGGUAAUGAUUGGACAUCAAUCAAGAAAAAAUGCACUAAACAGAUACAGAGUACGUAUAGAGAAUGGGGGAGUACCGUUAAACAUCAGAGUUGAACUUGAACCAUCUUCAGCUGGCGUGUACAAUCCGAAUUCCUUCGAGUAUCCGUGGCAGAACCUCACUCUACCACCAUGUCAACCCGGUCAGCAUAUCGGUCAACCGCACCCUUCCGGAUACUUCUAUCAGGAUACCUGGUAUUCGCUUCAAUGUCGGAUCCGGAGACACUGGCUACCCGGUAACAUGUCAUCCUGUCUAGCGAACACGGAUCUUCAGAUCAUCGGAGAUUCAGCAGCACGUCAGAUGUACACGUUGCUAAAAGAGAUGCUACAGGAUCAAAUAACGAGCGAGCGAUCCGGAUUCUUGCACGAAUCCGAGAACCGAAGCGGACCUCUAUGGUUCAUCAACGACAUUAACCGAAUUGAAAUCCGCUACAACUUUCACGGAUUCCCAAUAGGCGGAUCUAAUUGGUUUAACCGAUCAAACAUCAUGGAUGCCACAACGCGUAUCGAUGCAAUUCAGGAGUCAACAAAACGGUUCGUACUGCUCUUAACGAUCGGUGCGCAUUUUACGUACCACAAUUUAGAGUUUUACGAAGCCCGUAUGCGCUCCGUAAAGGGCGCAGUAGACCGGCUUUUCGAGAGGGUUCCAAACGCUGUGGUCAUUAUAAAAUCUCUGACAGCGAGGGAAUACGGUGCAGUUCGUCAUAUCGCAGCUAAUAGUGAAUGGUGGAUGUGGAGAAUAGACCAGGCGAUGAGGGAGGUGUUUGGAACAGACCCGAGGAUAGCUCUAAUAGAUGCUUGGGACAUGACAAAAGCGAUGCUCUUUCCGUAUGAUAUCCAUCCACAUCAGACUGUUAUAGCAAAUUACAUCAGUCAAAUUUUAUCUUUUCUUUGCCCAACGGACACCUAGUUGACAUUCAUAUUCAUUUCAAUGAUCUUUUAAUGAACUUUGCACAAACGUCAAUAGUUGGGUUCGAGUAAGUCGCCAUAAUAAUUUGAUACUACAUGUACAAGGAAUCGUCGAGUGAAAGGGGUAUUCUCCCUUGUCGAAACAAAAGCGUAAAAUUAGAGAAAAUACACCAGUGAAAGUUCGAGAAGAUGUGACAACAUGUGACCGCAUUCACCCGCUCCGGGAUUCACGAACAGUUUGAGGCAAAUACUGAAAUACGAGGGGUCAAAUCAACCGAAAAUGUAAUAAUAUUUAGUGUCUAAAACAUUUGAUUGCACUCUGCUGUGACGGUGAAUAAACCUCUACGAAUCUACAGAGGUGAGGACAUUUUAAAAGAUUCCCUCUCAUGCCAUAGCAUUGACACUGGCAUACCUCAUUUGAGCACCACGCCACAAUAAGCCAGUUCGUAAAUAGCUUCGGAACGCAUGACCCCCAAAUAUCCACAGAUCUUUU